ACUUCAGAUCCAAGCCAUUCAAACCUUCCUGUGCUGGGCUACCUAGAUAUAACUACAACAGUUAAAAGAGAUAAAAUUGCUUUUCAAACAAUUGGCAGGAGUUUUCAUUCCUGUGUUUCCAAAGGAGAGGGGAAAAAAAAGAAAGCAUGAUGGCUGUUCCAGGGCUCAUUAUGAUGAUCUGGUGCAUCACGUCAUUUUCUUCAGUGCAGGCUGUCCUCCAAUGUACAGACUUAAAUGACACACCCUCGCACAUUACAAACAUGAGGGUGAAUCUGAGAAAACUAGAGAUGACCUGGGAGAGCAGUCUCAAUGUUACCCUAUUCUCAUGCACUCUGAAAAAGGACGAGGAUUUUUUCAUUCUUGAUGUCGAUAAUACAAGCUGCAGGUUUGAAAAUUUAGAAGUUCUACCCCUACAUAAAGGACUACUGUUUAUAGUUGCAGCAGUCUACAACAAUAAUACAUAUUCAAGACAAUGCAGGUUUAUUCCUCAAGGCAUGAAUGGAACAUCUGUGGAAAAUUUCUCCUGCAUGAUUUACAACCUUUCCUUCAUGAAUUGCACUUGGAAUGCUGGGAGAAAUGCUCCAAAAGAUACCCAAUAUUUUCUUUAUCAGCAGUUCUCAAAGUCAAAAGAUGAGAUAGAAUGUCAGCAUUACAUAAAAGAUGCUCAUGGAAGACAUACUGGAUGUAUAUUUCAACAAGUUGACAAACAUAGUAAGGUUUAUUUCCUGGUGAAUGGGUCCAGCACAGAAUCAGAGAUUCAGUUUUAUGAUGAGUAUGUCGAGCUGUAUAAAACUGAAAUUCUCCCCCCUCCACUUAAUAUCACUGUAAAAUGUGUUGAAGAUCCACCACGUUGUAUAGUGCAAUGGAAAGAGCCCUUCGAGCAUAACAGCUGUCUUGAAUAUGAAAUUAACAUACAAAGUAAAGGAAAUGAGGUUGAUCCAAACAAAGGAAGCAAAGAUCCUCCCAUAAUUGUAGACCAGGAAACCUACACAUUUGAAAACUUCAAUGUGAAGAAAAAAUACCUCCUGCAAAUCAGAGCCCAUUCAAAUACAUGUCUCUUAAGCGAAAAAUGGGGGGAGUGGAGCAAACCAGUUGAGUUUGGUUCCGAAGAAUAUAUGUCCAGUCUUACAAUAACAUUAAUCUUUAUAGCACUUGGAACAAUCCUAGUGGUAUUGUUUGUCUGUUUUCUCUGCAAAAGGUACUGUAAUUUGAAGAAAAUAUUUUCUCCAGUACCACAACCAAGAAAUAAAUUUAACAUUCUUUUACAUGAUGAACAACCUAUGCAGAAAGACUAUGUGGAUACAGAAAUCAAAUAUGAAAGUGAAGAAAUAGAAAUAAUUGCUGUUGAAGAAAUGGCAUUGCCUCCCAAAGAAAAAUGAAGCAUUUGGAUUCCCUAAUUCAAACACUAGCAUAAACUUUUGGCGACCCUAGGAUAUUUUGUAUGACUUUUCACACAUUCUCCUUAGUUUUCACAUGGAUGGUAGCACUGAGUACGGUACUGAUUUAGCUUGUCUGUUACUUUCAUUGAAUAUAGCUUGCUUUUAGCUAUGUCAAAUUUUAACUUUUUCAGCUAAAAUUUUCUGUUUGGGAUUUCUACCUCAAUGUGAAUAUCCUCUCUACAUUUCAAUAACAAAUUUUCAGUAAUUUAUUGGUAUGUCUUUAGGGGAAAAGAUAUGUUGUUCUGCCUACUUAAAAAAGAAUCCUGUGGAAAUAUCAGAAUCAGGAACCUAAAUUUCACCUACAACCUGCUUUAGGGCAUGGAAGUCCUUUAUUGAACCUUGUCCUAAGUGACUGUUAUGGAACUAGCUGUAUGUCCUUCCAUCAGAGAGAGUCUCUCUGCGUGCACCCUUUCAGGAGUCAGGCCUUGUGCUUUUACCUCCUAGACCAGGAUCUGGCUACCAUUUUCUGGCUAUCAACCAUUCUUAGUUGUGGCCCUUUUUUAAUAACUUCAGAAAAAUUAUAUUAAAAAAGGUUGACUUUGAA